CGACGUCGAGCCCUCUUCCAUCCGCCUCCCCCCUAUUCUCUCAUCCGCCCACAUCGCCGCGUCUCGACGCGCGCGCAUCCCCGCAAAUAAACCGCUGAAACAUAUACAUAUUCACGAACCCUCACGAUCUCUACUCACGACUUCAUACUAGCCUUGCGCUGCCUGCUGGAUGGCAGCACCAACGCAAGCUCUGCCGGCUUGGAUGACUCUUUCCUCUGCUGUCGUCACUGCACCAGACGGCAGUGUCUUCACCUCGUACACCACCCUCGAGUUGCCGCUCACAUACUACGGCCCAAGCAUUCCCCUGAACACGGGCUGGACAUACGGAGGGUUGACCCCACCUCCGUCUACCUCCACGGCACCCACUUCCUCAUCGCCAUUUACUACCACCUCGCCCUCAUCUGCUCCAUCUAGUUCAUCCUUCUCGUCAUCUGUAUCCUCGUCUUCCUCUAGCGUGUCGUCGACAUCUUCAUCGUCGGCCUCAAGUUCGACCAUGUCGAGCUCCUCCAUAACCACAACGUCGUCGGUGUCAGCGUCGGCAUCACCAUCUGCCGUAGCAUCUGGAGCCCACAGUUCAAGAUCUUCCACAGUGAUCGGGGCCGUGCUUGGUUCCCUUUUGGGCACGUUGGUCCUCGUGCUUUUGAUCCUCAUUUGGCUACUCCUGCGGAGACACUACAGGGGUGUCAGGAACAACACCGAGCCGCCAGCGAAGAGUGCAAGCUCGAGCUUCUGGAAUCGAUCUACAACUGUCUUCUCGCGUCGGAAGUCGCGGCGGCAGACACCAAUAUGGACGGAGUGGCAGAUGGUGAGCCCCGAGGACUUCGAGGACAGGCUGCCUCAGAGCCCGACCAGCCCAACCAGCCCUGAAGAAGGCAUUCCCCGUGACAGCGGAGACGAGACGGACCCGUUCCUUAACCGCACUCUUCGCAAUGGCACGAACGAGAUGUCGCAGACGCAGACGGGCACAGACACACUCGUCAGCAUACCCGUCGCUGCUGCGCUCGCUACGGGCACCGCAUCGACGCGCCGGUCGGGGACGACACCUACUCAUGUGGGCGGACCGAUCAUGCCACGCGAAGAGCUGCUUGCGCGGAUGAACGAGGAGGAUGCUGCGAUGAUGCAGGUACGUCUGGUGAGCCCCUCGACUGACGAGCACACGUCGCCGCUGCUCCCGCCUCCGCCAUUGAGCUCGGAUCGCCGGAGCAUGCGUGCGGCCAGGCCGGGACUCAACGAGACAAAGUCAAUGCGCUCGCUCGCCUCUGCUGCAUUCUCUGGGUCAUCGGAGAAGUCGGGCAGCAUCGACGCGCAGGAGCCGGAGCGUGCGGAGUUGCUCACGGCGCGACGAGUCAAGGUCGGCAACUACGGUGAGCCAGCGUCGGACGCCGGUGCGAGUUCCCUCACGAGCGGUACGUCCGGCCUCGAGAGGCUCGCGAAUCUCCCGCGCAUGAGUUGGUUCCGGCGGAUGUCAUUCCUCCCCACCCCCGUUGGCUCGAGAUCGAACUCUCGUGACGGAGCGGAAGGUGACCGGUACACACGCACUCCCCCACGGUCGCAUUCACGGCAAAACUCUCGCUCAAGGCCAGUCUCAUGGGCGCCGUUGCCAACAACAGAGCCGACCAGCCCGACUCUGGAGUCUAGCGUGGGUCGGAGGCCGAGGCCACCAUCGUCGUUCCCCCAGGGCUUGGGUCUCCUCGUUGGCGACGAGCGGCCAGUAUCGUCCAUCAGCGCCAAGAGCCGUGCGAGCGGGAGUACCGUGUACCACGACGCAAGGGACACUCCCAGCAGCUCGCUGGUGGAGGUCAACGUGACCCCGGCUGGAACGUUUGGAUCUAAUCGUUCGCAGCCGGGUAUUCCGCCUGUGCCUCCACUCCCUCACCAGGCGCGCUCGGCGCCAGUGUCCCCGCUUGCGGAGCAGACACUUGGGACGAACACUGGUUAUAUUCACCUAGACAUCCCUAGCUCUGAGCCACCCACCUACGAGGAAUCGCAUCGGGACUCGCCACAUAGCUCUGGAGAUCGUCCUGCUGAUUCCGUCGACGUCCUGGACCUUCCUGUUCCCCGCCCCGCCUCACCGUUCACUGCUGCCUCAGGUAGCAGCCGUGCUCAGCCGCCCCCUGGCCUGCCAAACCCGAGCGUGUGGCGUGAUUCCCAUGCGACCACGGAUGGUACCUCAAGCACGUCUGGCAUUCGGAUCGAUGUCCUUGAGGAGGCACCACCUCCGGCUCAGGAUAGCUGGCGCAACUUGUCAGGCGGGAACGCAGGUACGGCUCCUGGUGGACGGCGAACGACAUUUGGAACAGUGCCCAUGGUAGUUCAUCGAGACGCUGUCCAAUCCGAGCGUGGUUCUCUCGCGUCUGGACGCUCACAUCUAAGCCCACACGUUCUGCAGUCGUCUGGUUCGACAGCGGCGUCACUGCAUACGCACCGCAGCUCUUCGUCUAAGUCUCACUCUCAAGGGCCAAGCGGCAGCUCUGGCUCUCGUUCGGCCUCGCAUGCCGGGUCAAUCGCCGACCGGAGACUCGAACAGGUCAGCGAAGCAGCUUCUCCGCCUUUGUCCGCCGUCUUCUCCAAGGACGGCGUGUGGAGCCGUCCAAGCUCACCGCCAGGUGUACGCCCGAUGUCGCCCAUCAGCCAAUCGCCUUCAUCCUCCGCGGAAGGAGAACCCGCGUUCCCGGAGCCGCGCCCUCCGACGCCGAACACCGCGGCGGGGACAGUGACGUCCACUACAACUUCGAGGACGGAAGAGAGUGGCACGCAUGCGAGCGUGACUACGAGUGGUACCGACCCAGGCUAUGCUGAGGCCCGACAUGACGAUGACAUCCUGUGGUAGUGCUAGAGUUUUUCCUCGGUUGUGGUGACUAUCCCCUUCUAUCCCCCUAUCCCGCAUACCCUUACGUAUUCGUCGAGAGAGCUCGACAGUGCGCCCCGUUCACACCUUUGACAUGACACUUGCACGCGUUACCUGUUAUCCUCCCUCUACCUACCCCCGACCUACUUCUGCGAUACCUCAUUCGAACUUCACCAUGGCAUCCGAUACCUGUUAGAUGUUUUGCAAUUGCUUUGCGUUACCCUUGACCUGCUUGCUCCGAUCUAUAUUGACCAGACUUGUAUCUAUCCGUCACCUAUCUGAUGCUCACGACCCACGUUAUGAUUAUGACCUACUAACGACCGAGAAUAUAGCCUUCUUUGUUUUGUA